UCUCUAUCCCGUCUCAGUGCUCGUGGUUUGCUCUCCGUCGCAGUCUGAGGAUAACAGGAACAUAAAAACCGAACGUGAACCAUCAGAGCUCCGCUCCGUCCUCCGUCGCGAUGCCGAACCGGAGGGAGACACGCUAAGGUUCUCCGUCAGUCCAGAGGUCUGCGCUGUCCGUCCAAACGAGUCUCGCCGGGGUCUGUGGUCCACGGAGAGAGAGUAUGAAGAAUACGUCUGAGACGCCUCACCACUGCCCCACAGGAAGUGACACAACAUGGACCCCUUGCUAAUCACCACCAUGACCAAAGAGCAGUGAUUGCCCCCCGCCCCCCCUCGCCCCUUGUGAAAGCCCAGCCCCCGUCCCCGUCGUAACCUGGUCCUAACCCCUCUCUUCGUGGGGACCUCCUCCUCGCUGCGCGAUCUCCUGCCAGCAGAACGUGUUCCUCACCUCCCUCCUCCUCCUUCCCCCCUCGCCACCCCCUCCACUCUCCUGCACCUCUUUUAUUGUGAUCUCUUCACGUAGUAAUCAUGCCCAACAUCCUCCCCUCCACCCGACUCCCCCCUCUCCCUUUCCUGCUCCUCCUCCCCUCUGCACUCCUCCUCCUCCUCCACCUCCCGGCGGUCAGGCCCGACUGCUGGCUGAUCGAGGGGGACAAGGGCUACGUGUGGCUGGCCAUCUGCAGCCAGAACCAGCCCCCCUACGAGACCAUUCCGCAGCACAUCAACAACACAGUGCAUGACCUGCGGCUCAACGAGAACAAGCUGAAGGCCGUGCUCUUCACCUCCAUGUACCGCUUCACCAACCUCACCGACCUCAACCUCACCAAGAACGAGAUCAGCUACGUGGAGGACGGCGCCUUCGCCGGCCAAGCCAACCUCCAGGUUCUUCAGCUGGGCUACAACAAGCUGACCAACCUGACGGAGGGCAUGAUGAGAGGCCUGGGCCGCAUGCAGUGCCUCUUCCUCCAGCACAACCUAGUCGAGGUCAUCGCCAGCAAUGCAUUCUGGGAGUGCCCCAGCCUCAGCAGCAUCGACCUGUCGUCCAACAAGUUGGCGCGCAUUGAUCCCUCCACCUUCACGGUGCUGAGCCGCCUGAUGGUGUGUGAGCUGGCGGCCAACCCCUUCCACUGCGGCUGUGAACUCUACACCUUCCUCACCUGGAUGGAGUCCUUCAACAACGUCACUCACACGUACGACCGGCUCCAGUGCGAGACGCCCCGAGAGAUGUUCGGCUACCCCUUGCUGAGUCCCAUCGCCGCCGGCCACGCAGGCCGCAACGCCAAGAACAUCCUAUCCUCCAUCUGCAGGGAUGGGAUGUACAUCCCAGGCAUGACCUCCCUGCCCCCUGACCUGGACGGGACGUCCGGGAUGGGGAUGGAGAUGUUCGGUGGCAUGGGGCCGUACCACCAGCCCACCACCUCCUCCGGCGAGCACAGCUUCACGCCCACAAUAAAGCUCCACCACGUGUCUCUGUCCUCCGCCUCCAUCCUGGUGCAGAUCCCACGGCCCUUCAGCAAGAUGUACAUCCUAACGCAGUACAACCACACCUACGUGUCGGAUGUGAUGAACCUGAAGAACAAGAAGGAGCUGAUCACACUGGACAAGCUCAAGUCGCACACAAACUACACCUUCUGCGUGGCGUCCAUCCGCAACUCCCAGCGCUACAACCACACCUGUCUGGAGUUCGCCACACGGGCGCAGAAACAAGACGAGCUGCUGCCCACGCCAUCCACCACGUCCCAUUACAUCAUGACCAUUGUCGGCUGCCUGUUCGGCAUGCUCAUCGUGUUAGGCUUCGUCUACUACUGCCUCCGCAAGAAACGAAUGCACGACGAGAAACAGAAGUCCAUAUGUGUGAAGAAGACCAUCCUGGAGAUGCGCUAUGGACCGGAGGUCGCUGCGGCGGUCGCCAACGAUCCAUCAGCGGUCCACAAACUCCAGGAGCAGUCCAGAGAGCACCACCAGUACCAGCAUCACCACGGGGGGAAGCUGCCCAUGUCCGCCUCCUCCAGUUCGGGCAUGCUCCACUCGGCCAACACUAGCACCUCCAGACUCUCGUCCAUCCCCCAGGUGGAGAAGAUGGCAACAGCCUUCUCCGACGCCAUGCUCACAAGCAAAGGGAACUACAUGGACGUCCGCAGCGGGGCGGCGGGGAUGGACCGCGUCGGGGACGGAGGCCUCAGCCGGCUGAGGGAUGACGACGGCAAUGCCACCGACAUCGGCGAGGACUCCGACGACGACGGGCGGGGCUCCGCCUCGGAGAUCUCCACCAUCGCCAUGGAGGUGGACAAGGUCAACCAGAUCAUCAACAACUGCAUCGACGCCCUGAAGCUGGAUGCGGCGGCGGUGGCGGCGGCCGGGGCCUCGGCCAAUCACACAUCUUCCCCCUCCUCCCCGCCGCCGACCAGCACUUCCUCCUUGACGCGGGGCAUGAUCCCCCUGUCCCAGGUCGUCACGGACGCCUGCCAGGGGAACCCCUCCAGCAAGGCGCCCCUCCCUGCCCCCCUCCCAGCAUUCAGCGUCCCUCUCUCUGAGCGUCCCGGGAUCAGCGGCGGGGGAUUCGUGGUCACCCCGCCGUACCGGCCCCCUCCCCCGGCCAGCGCCGUGCGGCCCAUCCAGCGGCAGAUGAGCGCGGACGCGGCGGUGGUGAUGGUCAAUGCCGUGAAGAAGCAGUGCAGCACCACCUCCUGCGGCUCCGUAGGGAGGGACCGGGAGCGCGGUGGGGCCCGUGUGUACAGCCUGGACGUCCCUGAGCCACGGAGCCCCGACGCCUGCGGCCAGCAGCAGCAGCAGCAGUACCCGGAGCGGGCCAGUCCAGUGGGCUGCGGGGAGCCCCAGGAGAGGCUUCCACUGGUAGGGGGUGGCAGCUUCAACGGAGGGGGUGGUGGUGGGUGCGACAGUGGUGGUCUUGGUGCCCAACAUCAGGACAAACAGAAGCAUCAGCACCAUCAGCAGAAACAACAACAACAGCAACAGCAGCAGCAACAACAACAACAACAACAACAACAACAACAACAACAACAACAGCAGCAGCAGGAGCAGCUGGAGGUGCAGCAGGACUACCACUGUUCGGAGCACCGCCACUCCGUCCCGGCCCUCUACUAUGAGGGCUCCCACCAGGGCUCCCCGGCCCAGAGGGUCUCCUUCUUGAAGCCCCUGACCCGGGCCCGCCGGGACGCCGCCUCCUAUUCCCAGCUCUCCCCGGCUCGCCACCACUCCAGCUACUCCGGCUACUCUUCCAGCCCGGAAUACUCCUCUGAGAGCUCCCUGCGGAUCUGGGAGCGCUUCCGCCCGUACCGCAAGGGCCACCGCGACGAGUCCUGCUACGUGACGGCUGGCAACGCCCUCCGCAAGAAGGUGCAGUUCGCCAAGGGUGAGGACCUCCAUGACAUCCUGGACUACUGGAAGGGGGUCUCGGCGCAGCAGAAGCUGUAAGCGGCCGCCGGGAGGAAGAACCAUGUCCCUGAUCGGUAGACGAUCACGUCCCUGACACGGCAAGGCCAGCCAGCCGUGGGCAUCACCGGUGAAGGAGGAGGCUAAUUUUUAUCUUUGAAUUUCUUGGCAUGCGAUGUCCUGGAUUGAACACGGAGGGUGUGGAGGGAGGAGCUCUGACAUUUACGUUUGUGUGAGAAACAUUCCAGCGCUUCAUUUUACACCUUGGUUUCGAGAGGCGUUUUGGAUUUCUGUCCUUCAGCGAUCCGCCAGUGGGGGUGGUGGGUGUUAUUUUUGGCACUCUUUAAUUAGUGCACAGUACAAAGUGCACAUAGGGAGCGCACUAUUUGGAACAUCUCUCGCAGUGCCAUCUUUUUAUCCAGGGGUAAUUGCAAACCAUAGAGCGGAAUAGCUUAAUGUGUAUGUGUUCUUGUGUGUGUGUGUGUGUGUGUGUGUGUGUGUGUGUGUGUGUGUGUGUGUGUGUGUGUGUGUGUGUGUGUGUGUGUGUGUGUGUGUAUGUCUGUGUGUGUGUGUGUGUGUGUGUCCACACUCAUACAUGGUUCAUCCAACCGUAUGACUUUGCAUUGCUUUACUCAGAAUCCCAUCCACUGGGGGUCUGUGUUCAUUUAUUCCUUCAGGGCCACCAUACAUGUAAUAGGAUAACACACAAGCACUAGAAAGAACCAUAACCCAAUUAUAAAACCGCAAGAGAAAGAAAUAACUAGUCACAUGUUAUAAACUGAAAACAGGAUAGAGGUAGAGAUAUGAACGUUUUGGUGCAGCAGUGAUACAUAUAUCAAGUAGAUCAAUGAGAGCAUUCAAGGAGAAUGCAACAACAACUAAAUCAAUUUGAGAACAGCAGUAGUAGUGCACUCCAAAUCCUUUUGUCCUGCUCGAUGCGAUGCAGACUCUACACAAAUUUGUGCACUAAUGUCCACAGCCAUGCGUUGUAGAAUCGAUUACGUUCCAAGAACCUUUGCCUAAGCUUUGCACUCAGAGAACAAGAGUGUGCGCUCUAAACUCUAAUGGGAAGAGAAAUGAGUUGGAGUUACUAUUACUGCAGCCUGCUUGUACAACCUAAUGUCAUUACCUUCUCCUGUGGUCAAAUAGGUCCAUAAUGAUGGCCUAAGAUGGUUGUGCAGAUGUCUAGACUUAUAACAACAGAUUAAUGUUGAUAUGUUAGUAAAAGUGCACCGUAAAGAUUAGGGUGCAUUCCUCAUGGUAUGUGGCAGAUUAUUGCCUCCUGUCCUCUUCCUUAAUACCCAGUCCGCCCAUCAGCUCAUGUAUCCCUGUUGGGAGCUUGGCACUGGUCCUGCUCGAUUAAUCGUUAUUACAACCAGUCCAGGCUGGAGAUGUCUCUGCCAGCGGAUUUGACAUCGCUCACAGCUCUGGUCACAACAGAGCGUCACUGCGAUGAAGAGGCUUGACACUAAUUGUGAAUGACCAAAGUGUCUCCUGAAUGACAGAUACAGCUGCCAUGUGACGCCCCCUCCUAGACUUCUGUGUUCUGUGUCUACCCACCACUUCACCUUAUUCAAUUAUCUUUGAUCCCAAUCACAUAUGCCACCUCGUCCAUGUGUGUGUUGUUUGAUUCAGUGUUUGUCCACCUUUAGGUAAGAGCACCUUAAGGUGCCGUCCGAUGAACUCCAUGGAAGAUACGUAGGCUUUCCAUUCCUACUGCAUCACAGCCUCCCCAUGCAUCCCCCCCUGUUCCCCGUCCGUUACUGUGUCUUCUAUCGGAGGUUUGAUAAGUUUCCAAUGGACGCUCCAGUGGACGUACGACUGCCACGCUGUGUUCCCUGGACUCAGGAGACUGACAAGGGUCCGUCUGUCCGUCUGUCAGGCCUCCAAGUGGAGGCCGACCCUGUCCCGGCUGUGGGGCCCCCCAGCCUGCCACCUGCUGCUCUCCAAAGCAGGAAGCGAUGACGUGCUACAUGUGUGAAAACGUAAUCAAAAAUAAAAGAUCUCCCACCCUUCAGGGGGGCCCCCGAGAACUCAGAGAGGGCCUCGCUGCAGGAGGUGGGGAACCCGGUACUAAGAGAGGCUCUCGCUCCAGGAGGUGGGGAACCCGGUACUCAGUGGCUCUCGCUCUAACAGGUGGGGAACCCGGUACUCACAGAGGAUCUCGCUGCAGUAGGUGGGGCGGGUCAGACCGCAACGGACUGAAAUCUGGAAAGAGGAGAAGAAGAAGGAAUAUCUCUCGCUGUGAGUUUUUUGUUUUUUUAAGGAACCUUGGAAUUUACAAAGGACUGUGGACUGAUUUCGAGAUGCUGAAGGGAGUGUAUGUUAGAGGACCCUCGCGAGGCGUCUGCGAAGUAGUUAUUAAUAGCAUGAGAGCAUUUAUUUCCUUUUUUUAUGACCUUCUCCCUAUCAUGUGUGAACGACUGCCAUUUGAAUACGCCAGCCUUUAACGGUACAAUGUGAGACAAAGAUCCAACUACAUGUUUUGAUUAAACGUUGGAGUGAAGGAAGGUGAAUCACAAACAAAUCAGUUCAGUUAGUUUUAUGAGGAACAAAGACUGUAGUGUAGUUUCAGCUGCCCUGCUGCUCGCAGACCCCCAUUCAUCAGCAUACAGCCCCUUCCCUAUCGAUGCCUCCGCAACCUUCCACAAGUAGAGGCUCAUUAGCAUUUCUCCCAUUGCAAUGUUCUCUACCGAACACAUCGUAAACAUAACGUUUGCACCCAGGAGUGGCAAAGCUCACCACAAACAUUAAAAAAGUUAGAAGCCCGCUGACUAAUUAACUACAGAGUUAGCGUAGAGUGUAGCAUCUAAAAUGGCUGACUGCCUGCUACAAUUUAAUGCAUCUUCUCUAGGCAUCAAAAUGAGUCGAGUUUACAAAAUGGAGUUUACAACACACUGGGGUCAGCACUGUCCAUAAAUAAAGCAAUGCUUCUCAUUCUGUGCCCAACCUCUCAGUCACUGGCCUCCACUCAGACCCGUGCAGCUAGCAGCCGUGCUAGGAGCUCUUGUGCAUCGUGCUCAUGAGAUAUAUGCAAUGCAUAUUCAUAGUUCGGUAUAACAAGGUACAAACGAGUCACACUGUGCCUCGUGCCUCCACGUAUGUUCUGCUCAGUGCGUAGGAGGCACACACAGUUCAACUGAAUAUGUCCCACAGAAACUAAUGGCAUUACAUUUUGUAUUCAUGCUGCAUUGCAUGAAUUUUUAAUUUGCUCAUGGUCAGUGGAGCUCCGUGCUGAUUGGCUGUCCCCCCCCCAGAGGUGGGGUUGACCCUCGGGUUGAUAGGCCGAGUCCCCGUCGCUUGCCCAGAGCCAUAAAACCGAGCAAGCUGUGAAAGCGCUGCCUGUGUGGUGUUCUGUUAACGCUGCCCAUGUGGUGUUCUGUCAACGCUAAGAUUGCCCGUGUGGUGUUCUGUUGAUGCUAACAUCGCCCCGUCGUGGUCGCUUUACUUCCAUCUCCGGACUCUGCAGAGGGAAGUGGUCAGAGUGCGUCUCUCUGCAGAAGGAAGCCAGACUUUCUUUCUUAUAGUUUUUUUGCACCUUGUAAUGCCGGCUGUAAACUCUAGAGCCAUCCCAGGACUCCCCUUCCCCUUCUCCUCUCUUAUCCUCUGACCUCCUCCCCCCUCCCCUCUCCAUCCCCUCUCCUCUCCUCCCCCCUUCCCUCUCCUCCCCCUUCCCUCUCCUCCUCUCCUCUAUCCUCCCCUCUCCUCUACUCCCCCCUUCCCUCUCCUCCCCUCUCCUCUCCUCCCCUCUCCUCACCUCUCCUCUCCAACAGGGCUUCCCCCUGUCUUCAUGGCACCUCAAGGAAGCCAUGCCAGCAGAGAUAUCUAACGCUUUGGAAAUAUGCAACACAUUCCUUUACACUUUUGAUGCCUAGGUAUUUAGAAGGGCUACUGGUCGAGGGUGCAGAUCUCCUCAGAUGUUCAGGGCCGUAGUGGUAGUAGGAGUACCAGCGGAUUGAGUGGAAGCUGUUGUGAGAUUACCAACAAGAAGAGAUCAAUGAGUGAGAGAAGAAACGGCUUCCCUGGAGAGCAUAGACAAUCGGGAAAGAGGAUGUAGGGGGAGGGGGAAUAAGAUGUUAGAGAGGGAGGUAGGCAGGGUGUGGAGGGAUCGAGGUGAGGUUGGAAGAGAGAGAUGGAGAAGAGGUUUCCAGACAUUUACGCCGGCCGGUCCGGUCAAACAUACUUCACAGUGGAACAGUUUUUCUUGUGUCUGUUCCAGAAGGCCACUUCACUCUUCGUCUGUAUUUCUAUAAGUCUAUGUUAAUAUGGUUUAUAUGAUGUUAAUGGCCGGCCACGGCCAUUAAAGUAUUCAUAAGUACGUAUGUUAUGAUGUCUGCCCUGAAUGACCUUUUACAAAACGAACAAAACGUCCAAAUACUAAAUCAGUAAAAAUGUCAUGCCAUGCUCACGCAACCAACCCCCCCCCCCCCCCCGACACACACAGACAAUCUGAAAGGACAUAUGCUUGUAGGUCUCUCCAGAGUGUUUCAUGGCUGAAUAAUUACCCUGACUGCACCGCCCCCCCCCCCCCUUACACACACAGACACAAUAAGCUAAAUUAGCGUGAAUAAUAAGGCCUCUCUCAUCCCUCGUCUUUAGCAGAGCUCCCUUGUAGCGCUGACAGCAGAGCCCUGGAUCAGUAAUUCCCUGUCCUCCUUUCUUCUGCUCGUACAUUAUGGCAUCCGUUAGCCAAUGGUAAGGCUGGAAGCUCUCUGGCUGUGGGUCCACAUUGUACUCAUGUUGCGCGUCGACUAAUACCUGCUGUUCGGCAUCGCGGCCACAGAUGAUAGAUAGAUGGAUAGAUGGAUAGAUAGAUAGAUAGAUAGAUAGAUCGAUAGAUCGAUAGAUAGAUAACAACUUUAUUAAUCCCCCGAGGGGAACUUCCUUUGUUACUGCAGCAGUGGAAAACACAGGAUAAGAUAUGAUACAAAAAAAAUACAGAGUACUAAUGAAAACCAAAUACUAAAGUAAAUACAAACAAAAAUCGGGCAAAAACCCCCCGAUAUAAAACAUUUAAAUUAUAAAGUGUAAAUUAUAAUCAUAUAGUGGCCUUCUAUCAGUAAGUGGAUCAGUGAGAUGUGUUCUGGGAUGUGGCCAUGAGGAGUUGGUUGAUUCACCAUACGUUUGAAGGCGACUGAAAUGCUGACUUCCCCGGUCGGGCCGACCCCUCUCCCACUAAGCCGACGUGUCACGCUAAGUGUUAGUUAGUCCUCCUCGUCGUUGUACUGCCAGGAGAGCAUUAGGAGGCUGAGGAGGGCCUGAACCAAAGCAAAGACAAUGUGUUAGGAGAGGAACUGGAGCUAAUAACACGAGGGUCCACCCGUGGGAGAGCAGCACGAUCAUGAUCAGAGUGAUCAUGGUCAGGCCAGGCCGCUGUGGAGCUGGACUAGCAGACAGUAGUCUGAGUGAACUCCAGCUGUCUUUCCCUCUCAGUCUUAGUCCUCCUGAUGCCAGCAGCGGAACAGAGUGGAGGAGGUUUGGGCUUUGAUACUCUUCUACAUUUAGCGGUUUUGUUUUAGCGAUGCAUGACGUAGUGCCAGUAAGGUAUUUUUAAUUUUCACCUGAUAUGCAAUGUCUCUUUCAAGCUCAGAUAUCUCCCCACUAAAAGAUGUUAACGCCAUCACAAACAUAUCAAUGUUUUUAUAACCCGAGCAGCAGAGCAGCUGAACGAGGGCAUGUUGGUCGAAGAGUAGGGCUCUGGAUUGACCACAAGAACUACUUUUCCAAUCGAGAAACGUUAUGAACAUUAACAUUAUGUUUUCGUUAUUUUGUUAUGUUUGCACAAUAUGCAUAGGCUCCGUGUCGUCAUGGGAGGGCUUGCGAAGACAGGAAGUGAUUUAAAGUAUCUGUGAAAUAUCUGUGAAUUUUGUACACUGGAAAAAAUAAUGAAAUGUUAAAAAACAGUGAAUAUUUUAUACAGAGCCUUGUUGAUUUUGUUUGUGUUGUUUGUGUGUUUCUUAAGUUUUGGUUGAAUGUUUUCUCUUUUUGUUAUAUAGUGUGUGUGUGAGUGUGUUUGCGUGAGCGUGUGUUUGUUUGUUUGUAUGUGUGUGUGCUUUUAUUUUGAGGGGGGUGGGGGGGGCUGUUAUGGGGAAUAUAUGGUGUGGAUUUUAUUACUUGCAAUGAUCUAUGUCCUAAAGGUUUAAGAGCAGAGAAAGCUUAAAAUAGUGAAGUCCAUCAACAGACAAAAGUGUUAUAUUUGCAUGACUCCUUGUAUUUUUUGAGAGAUGAAAAUAUAUUGUUGUGUAAAAAACUGAGUGGAUGUACAUUGAAAAUAUAACUCUUCUUACAGUUUA